GGGUGUCUAUGGCGCGGUGCUCCCGGCGCAGCAACCGGCCAUGUUCAACAUCUACAUCCGCCGCGCCGCCGAGCUCUACGGCGUCACCCACACCCGGCCCAUCUACCAGCGAGCCAUCGAGGUGCUGGGUGACGACGCGGCGCGGGAGCUGUGCCUGCGCUUUGCGGACAUGGAGAGCCGCCUGGGGGAGGUGGAUCGGGCCCGCGCCAUCUACAUCUACUGCUCGCAGCUCUGCGACCCCCGCAUCACCCCCACUUUCUGGCAGACCUGGAAGGACUUUGAGCUUCGCCAUGGCAACGAGGACACCAUCCGGGAGCUGCUCCGCAUCAAGCGCAGCGUCCAGGCCACCUACAACACCCAGGUCAACUUCAUGGCCUCCCAGAUGCUCAAGGCCUACAGCAACGCCACCGGCACCG